ACUGGGGCGGGGGCCACACAAGGGGGUGUCCAUCAGGAGAUUGUGACAACGCACGGACUAAAGUUGGAUCUGAUUGGCCUGCUUUAAUCCGUGGAGCAUUCUGUGGCCCAAUCCUGGCGGAUGUCAGCACAAUCGUGCUCGGAAGAAAGGAUACUUAUAGAGCAGAACAAACAGUAGAACAGUUCUACCUGAUCUGUGCAGAAGGGGGACGUUCCUUAACGCAGAACAACCCGCCGCCAUGCCCACUGACGCCCAAACCGACGCCCGCUCCUUCCUGACGGAGGAGAUGAUAUCCGAGUUCAAAGCCGCCUUCGACAUGUUUGACACGGAUGGAGGCGGUGACAUCAGCACCAAGGAGCUGGGCACUGUGAUGAGGAUGUUGGGCCAGAAUCCAUCAAGAGAGGAGUUGGACGCCAUCAUCGAGGAGGUGGAUGAAGAUGGGAGCGGCACCAUCGACUUCGAGGAGUUCUUGGUUAUGAUGGUCCAACAGCUGAAGGAGGACCAGGCUGGAAAGAGUGAAGAGGAACUUUCAGAAUGCUUCCGUAUUUUUGACAAAAACGGAGACGGCUUUAUAGACCGGGAGGAGUUCGGAGACAUCCUCCAUCUCACCGGAGAGCAGGUCUCAGAGGAAGACAUUGAUGAGAUGUUUGGUGAAUCGGACUCAAACAAAGAUGGAAAGAUUGAUUUUGAUGAGUUUCUGAAGAUGAUGGAGAACGUCCAGUAAGGAGACCAGCGGCAUUCCUGUGAGAUCCUUCCUCAGACAGCAAACCAACCGUGUGAUAAAACCACAAAAGUGACGCAUCAGUCAAAGAAAAUGGAUGUAAAUGAAACUCCUUCUCCUCCGUCGGUCAUGAAGCCCGGGGGCUUGGCUGGGAUAUUUAUAAACCCACGUUCAGACCUUUUAAGACGAAGACGCACUCCCAGCUGUCCUGUUGGCAGCUGCCGUUUCCCCAGAAAUGCUGCUAGCUCCGCCCCCAUCCUGCUGAGUCUCUGCUGUGAUCUUUGCUCUUUGAAUAAAACAAGCUUCUUCCUAAA